AGGUUUGAAUGGCCUUUUGUGCAGCGUUACCGGUCAACUUAUAGGCCGUGUUCCCAACAGGAAAAAAAGUUAAAUAAUUUAUAAAAGUUUAACUUGGUUUUUGCUCAUUCACCAAUCCCGCUGCGUUCAGUAUCACUUAUGUUCCCUUAGAUAUACUACUAGCAGUGGCCUUGGCUUUCAUUCAUCUCUUGUUGCACUCACAAAUUCCACUCCAAGAGUAUAAAAAUCCGUCGUCCCAAGUCAUGUCUCCAUCCGAAGUAUUACAAUUCCCCGCCGACGACCGAAUCGAGCCAGGGUCGACCGACUACCCGGCGGCUCAGUUCCCCACCAUCAAAAACACCUCCGUGGACGUCGACGCCGCAGCAGAUGACAUCGUCGGCGCCUUCAACAAGGCCCUCGACGCCGGGGACGCCAACGCCGUGGCCGCUCUGUUCCUCCCGGACGGGGCCAGCCACGGCUACUGGCGCGACCACUUGUGCCUGACGUGGGUCAUGCGCACUCUCAAGGGUCGGGGGCAGAUUGGGAGCUUUCUGGCCAGCGAGAUACCCCACGACGGCGGGGACGUGAAGCUACCCAAGAGGAUAGCGGUCGACAGGAGCAGCGCCUUUAGGUCGCCAACGUUGACGGCGUUUGAGGCCUCGGGGACGCACAAGUGCAUCGGCUUCCAUGUCGAAGUCGAGGCGCAGAACGGCAAGGGUCGGGGCUUGGCUCGUCUCGCGGAGGGCGAGGAUGGCAAGCUCUACAUUGCGACGCUGUUCACUACGCUGCUCGAGAUCGACGGCCACCCAGAGCCGGUCAGGGCCCGAAGGGCAAAGGGAGUCGAGCACAAGGGGACGCAUGAUGAGCCGAACUGGCGUGAGAGGCGGGAGGCUGCUGCAGGAUUUGGAGAACAACAGCCUACGGUCCUGGUUGUUGGCGCCGGACAAGCUGGCCUCUCUGUCGCAGCACGACUGCAAAUGCAAGGGGUACCAACCCUCGUCAUCGACCGCAACCCCCGCGUGGGCGACUCAUGGCGGAACCGCUAUCACCACCUCGUCCUACACGACCCGAUCUGGUUCGACCACAUGCCGUACAUACCGUUUCCCGACCACUGGCCCGUCUUCACCCCCAAGGACAAGAUUGCAGACUUCUUCGAGGCCUACGUCAGCCUCCUCGAACUCAACGUAUGGACGGACACGAACCUGGCCGACUCGAGCUGGGAUGAGGAGAAGAGGGAGUGGACGGUGAAGCUGGAGAGGGCGGGCGAGACCAGGACGGUCAGGCCGAAACACAUCAUCCAGGCGACCGGCCACUCGGGCAAGAAGAACUUCCCGCAGAUCAAGGGCAUGGACGCUUUCAAGGGCACUCGGCUGUGCCACUCGUCCGAGUUCCCCGGCGCGACGCCCAACUCGGCCGGGAAGCGCGCCGUGGUGGUCGGGUCGUGCAACUCGGGCCACGACAUUGCGCAGGACUUUUACAGCAAGGGCUACGACGUCACCAUGGUGCAGCGGUCGUCGACGUGCGUCAUCGGGUCCAACGCCAUCGUCAACAUCGGCCUGGCGGGUCUGUAUGAGGAGGGCGGACCCCCGACCGAGGACGCCGACGUCGUGCUCUACUCGUACCCCUUUGAGCAGUUCAAGGCGGCGCAGCGGGCCGUCACGGCGCUGCAGAACGAGGCAGACCGCGAGAUCCUCGAGGCGCUGGAGCGUGCCGGGUUCAAGGUCGACAUGGGCCCCGAGGCGUGCGGGCUCUUCAUCAAGUACUUCCAGCGGGGAGGCGGCUACUACAUGGACGUCGGGGCGAGCCGGCUCGUCGCGGACGGCAAGAUCAAGAUCAAGCAGGGCUGCGAGAUCAGCGAGGUUCAAGCCGACGGCCUCCUGUUCGCUGACGGCCAGAAACUCGAGGCCGACGAGAUCGUCUUUGCCACCGGCUACCUGAACAUGAGGGGGGAGGCUAGGGCCAUCUUUGGCGACGCCCUUGCGGAUCGCGUCGACGACGUCUGGGGUUUCGACGACAAGGGCGAGCACAGGACCAUCUGGAGCAGGAGUGGACAUCCUGGGUUCUGGUUCAUGGGCGGCAACCUCGCCCUCUGUCGGUACUUUUCAAGGCUCCUGGCCCUGCAGAUCAAGGCUGCUGAGCUGGGACUGAACAAGCUGUAAACGCAUUGGGAGCGGUUUGCUUUUUAUGUUUUCUCCAAUAUAUCCAGCGAACAACAGAAGCUUCAUUUUAGUAAGAUACAUGAAUCCAACCGAACUAGCUGCUCACUAAAGUUGUCCGCUGGCAAAAGAAAGAAGGAACUUUUGAGUGACCAGUGUUUGCAACGCAUCACGGCCUGAAUACCUUUCUUAAAAGAAAAAAAAACCGGUGUACUGGUCAGAAGCUUUCUGGUCAAGGUUCUUAGUUGGCACAUUCCCGGCCAGGCAAGGAAACAGUAAUGUUUUCAAGGCAGCCCGGUGAUGGAAGAUGAUCCUAGCUACAGCAAACACGUUUCAUAAGUGCUGUUUUCAUGCAUUCAUUGUUCACCUGAUAUGCCACUUUAGUUUGCCAUAAAAUGUCAUUCAAAGGUCUGACACAUCCUUGCCCUCUCCACG